AUGAGCGUGGAGAGUAGCAGCGCUGCUGAGAGUUCUAACCUCGGGAUGGUUAGCCGCUUGAGUGGGGAGACCUUUGUCCUUGAGCAAAUGAGAGAGACCUGGGCGCCAGUGGACGGCGAGUUGACAACGAGAUACACAACAGCUGCGAUUGCGAAUUGCGAUGCAUCAGAGAAGCCAUGUAGUUCAACAGCUGAAUUAGAGAGCGUGUUGAACCAACGAUGGACUUUAAUGGGUAAGAUACCUAAACGAGACAGUGUUGACACGGCAACGAUGAUCACUACAAUGUUUGUAAAAGAGGCCAAUCUAAGCGACAUGUGGUCUUUAGAUAUUAUUGGUAUAAAAGAUCCAAUCGAAAAAUUGGAUAAAUUCGUAAAAGAUGAGAAAACACGGGAUUUUUUAUUAAAAACCGCUAGACUAAAUACAAAUGGUCGAUAUGAGGUUAAAUUGCCGUGGGUGGAGGAUCACACGCCUGUAGCCAGUAAUUUUGAUAUCGCACAAAAACGUUUAACGAACUUUUUUCAAGCGUCGCUUGACGAGAAAAUUAUUGAAAAAGUUUCUGCAUCUGAGACAAAUAAACCCAGUCAUUAUUUGCCACAUCGGCCUGUAGUUAAAGAGCACAAUAACUGUGUAGCUAGCGUAGAUUGUUUUGACGAGUUGGAAACAUUUAUUCAAGAAUCUACUGCAGUAAUUUUAGCUGCCGGUUUUGAACUAAGAGGCUGGGAAAGUACAGGUGAUUCGGCGGUAAGUCAAUCGACCUUGGUCUUAGGCAUACAGUGGAAUAAAAAGAGGGACACUUUGUCGGUCAAUCCCGCAGUGUUAGAUAUGGAGGCUCAAAAUUCGACUACAAAGCGAAUUACUUUAUCUGCAACUCACAAAAUUUUUGACCCGAUCGGCAUAACGUGCCCUGUUUCCUUACAGACUAAGUUAAUUUUACAAAAGGCUUUUAAAAUUUGGCUAAAGAAAAUCGAUUGGGACGUCGAAAUUGUGAGACAAGCGAGGGAAGAAUUUUUAUCGUGGAAAAACGACUUAAUUUCGUUAAAAAAUUUAGAGAUUCCGCGAGGUAUUGGUAAGGGCUAUUUAACCUUGCACGUUUUCGGAGACGCGGGCGGAUCAGCUUACGCAGCUGCUGUUUUCGCACGAGUUGAACUCGACGGUAGGGUGUCAGUUUCGCUUCUAAAUGCCAAGGCGCGAUUGGAUCCGAAAAGGUGUACGAUUCCUCGACUUGAAUUGAUGGCCGCGACGAUAGCCGUGAGACUCGCAAAUAGCGUGCGUGAGUCUUUGACUAGAGCUGUUUUAAAAACAUAUUAUUGGACGGACUCCACGACGGUAUUAGCAUGGAUAGGCCGGGUCAUGCAAUGGGGCAAUUUCGUGUGGAAUCGUGUCAAUGAAAUACGCAAGUUUAGUAAAAUAGAGGACUGGAAGUAUAUACAGAGUGAUCAAAACCCGGCAGACUUGCCGUCUCGCGGUUGUAGCUCGUCGCAAUUGUUAGAAUCAAAGUGGUGGCUAGGGCCCGAUUGGCUUUACAACACGGAAUCUUAUUGGCCAACAUCAAGGGCAAAUAUUAACGAGGACGAAGUUUGUACUGAAUGUAAAAAAUCGUGUUUGACGCACAUGGUAAGUCUUGAAGACGCGAGUUUCGAAGCAACGGAAUAUUUCUCUUCCUGCACCCGUAGAAUCUUGCUUCAAAAUAAAAAAUUUUUAAAAGACGGGUGCGAACCGGAAAAAAUAUCGUAUACGGACAAGGGUGAGCGAAAAAACUUAAGAUUAUCGUUUAAAGAAAUUAGAAAUGCCGAGACGAAAGUACUAAAGUAUUUGCACGCCAAUAUGUUCUCUAAUGAGAAAGGUAAAGAAAAAUUAUCUUCUUUUAGCACGUUUUUGAACAAAGAUGAUUUGAUUGUAGUAAAAACUAAAAUUUUUAAUCGUAAAGAUAGCGAAUUGUUUAGAUGCCCUAUUCUACUAGAUAGUAAUAACGAAAUAGUCAAAAUGCUAAUCAGAGAAAGUCAUGAGAGACUUGGUCAUGUUGGCGCUCUUGUAAUUAUGAGUAAUCUAAGCGAACGUUUUUGGAUAAUUUCUUUACGAAAAGAAAUUCGGAAAAUGAUAUCGAAAUGCGUGACGUGUAACAAGCCAAAAUCAAAAAGGAUGGCAUGCGAUACACCAGCUUUACCGGAAAAUAGAGUUAGAGAUGCGGCGAUUUUUGAGGUUGUGGGCGUGGAUUUCGCCGGUCCAUUAUUUUUGCGCGAUUGUGGGAAAGCAUGGAUAUGUAUAUUUACUUGUGUUAUUUACAGAGCGGUACAUCUUGAGUUAACUACUAGCUUAGCAGCUACGGGGGUUUUAGAAGUGUUGCGUCGUUUUAUAGCCUGA